AUGGAUUCACUUUCUGACGCUGACGGGUUAAUUGUAAAAGAUAAAGUCAAACAUGCCGCUAGAGGCAGAGGCAUUGACGUUUCUGUGACAGCUGGUGGAGUUUCUGCAGAUGUUAGUGUUGGUGCGACUCCGACAAAUAAUGCGAACAGUCAGAAUAGCCCUAAUGUCGACAAUUCACCCCAAAAUCCAAACAAACCAACGAACAAUGGUAAUACUAAUAAUGGAGGGCAACCAAAUAACAAUAACAACCCAGGUAAACCAGGGGCAUCAGCAACAGGAACCGGGAUCAGUAUUAACAAUCCAACCGUCUCGCCAAAAGUAGCAAUAGACACAGCUUUAUCUACCGACUUUUCAUCAUCACCACCCGACCCGAAUGACCCUUAUAUUACAUCAACAUCAACCGCUACAUCUUCUCCCGACUUUUCAAGGCGUAAGAAAGUAUCAGCAGAGCUUCAAAAUUCGAAACCCGAGAAAAGCUAUUUCGAUUGGGGUAAGACAGGAGGAUGGCGUGCAAGAAUUAAAUCUGCGAUAGGGGGAAGAACCGAGAAAAAGAGGCAAGAUACUUUUUACGGGGAUACAGUCAGGUUACAUAUUAACGAGAAAGCAGUUGAAAACAAUGAAGAAUAUCCAGUUACAGAGGAUGACGCUUUCGAAAUCGAUGAUCCCAUUGAAUACUAUGCUAUUGAGUAUUUGGAAGUACGAAACUACGAGACCUCAUCUAGUAGUGGCAUAUCGAUAAAUACAACUACGUCGUCCGGUCUUGACAGCGACACUGCUGUCUUUUCAUCCGAGCGAUACGAGCCGGAGAAUGACAGCAUAAAGGAUACUAGUACUAUCGACUCUUCGUGUAGCGAUUACCCGCUCAGUCCAACAGUACCACCCCAAUUAUUCAUACCUACAUCAGUACUCACAUCCUACGUGGAUCCAAUCGAUCUCUCGGUUUCACCGAUUUCGAGUAGCUUCUACGAUAAUACAGACACUGUAGGCAAUAAGAGAUUAUCAUCCUCAACAGGGUAUUCAAGCACAUACAUAUCAAGCGACAAUAACAACGUUUUCCCAAGACUAAAAUCGCCGAUACCUUCAGUAGCUUCUAAUCGGUCGUCAAUGUCAUCUCUACAGGUAGAAGUAAUGACACAAACGUUGUCGGAUCUCUUGACAUCAAACGGAGGAAUGGUAAUUGUAGAAGCGAAUGAGAAAGAGAAGAAAGCACCUCGAACCACGCCAGCUGACAAAAAAGUCAAAGUCAUGAAGCUGAAAGAAGACAAAACCAGGUCAUGGGCGAAGGGAUUUAAGAAAUCGAUAGGAUGA